AUGGAGCACACGCACGCCCACUUUGCAGCCAACAGCUCUUUGUCCUGGUCCCCCAGCUUGGCCUGCAGCUUGGGCAUCGUGCCUGUGGUCUACUACAGCCUCUUGCUGUGCCUUGGUUUACCAGCAAAUAUCCUGACAGUGAUCAUCCUCUCUCAGCUGGUGGCUAGGAGGCAGAAGUCCUCCUACAACUAUCUCUUGGCACUUGCUGUGGCUGACAUCUUGGUCCUCUUUUUCAUUGUUUUCGUGGACUUUUUGUUGGAAGAUUUCAUCUUGAACAUGCAAAUGCCUCAGAUGCCCAAUAAGAUCAUAGAAGUGCUGGAAUUCUCCUCCAUCCACACCUCCACCUGGAUUACUGUGCCAUUAACCAUUGAUCGGUAUAUCGCAGUCUGCCACCCGCUCAAGUACCACGCGGUCUCCUACCCAGCCCGCACCCAGAAAGUCAUUGUCAGUGUUUACAUCACCUGCUUCCUGACCAGUAUCCCCUACUAUUGGUGGCCUAACAUUUGGACUGAAGACUAUACUAGCACUUCUGCGCAUCAUGUUCUCAUCUGGAUUCACUGCUUGACUGUGUACCUGGUACCCUGCUCCAUCUUCUUCAUCUUGAACUCAGUCAUUGUGUAUAAGCUCAGGAGGAAGAGUGACUUUCACCUCCGUGGCUACUCCACAGGGAAAACCACUGCCAUCUUGUUCACCAUUACCUCCAUUUUUGCCACACUCUGGGCCCCUCGCAUUGUCAUGAUUCUCUACCACCUUUAUGGGGCUCCCAUUGAGAACCGCUGGCUGGUGCACAUCAUGUCAGAUGUUGCCAACAUGCUGGCUCUGCUGAACACCACCAUCAACUUCUUCCUCUACUGCUUCAUCAGCAAGCGUUUCCGCACCAUGGCAGCUGCCACACUCAAGGCCUUCUUCAGGUGCCAGAAGCAACCUGUGCAGUUCUACAUCAACAAUAACUUUUCCAUAACAAGUAGCCCCUGGAUCUCACCAGCCAACUCACACUGCAUCAAGAUGUUGGUGCACCAGUAUGACAGAAAUGGGAAAUCUAUAAAAGUAUCCCCAUGA